AUUGAUCCAAUCAAGAAAUAUGUCACUUCUCGCCUUUGGUUCACAUACAGGAGGAAUUUUGCUCCCAUAGGUGGCACUGGCCCAGAGUCUGACCAAGGCUGGGGUUGCAUGUUGCGAUGUGCACAAAUGCUCCUUGGGGAGGUUUUGCUUCGACGACACAUUGGCAGGGAUUUCGAGUGGAAGGAAGGUGUUCCUCCUACGGGUGAUUACGAACGCAUUUUGCGAAUGUUUUUGGAUGAGAAAACAGCUUUGUAUUCAAUCCAUCAAAUAGCACAAAUGGGGGUUUCGGAGGGGAAAACAAUUUACCCACUGCCUUUUCAUCAGGUCAUAAAGAAGCUCGCAGUGUUUGAUUCGUGGUCAGGCAUAGCUGUUCAUGUAGCUCUUGAUAACAUACUGGUACUAAAUGACGUUCGCACGAUAGCGACGUUAGCACCGCCAAAGGAUGCUAUAAAGUUGAUCACGGAAGAAAAAAACGUGGAUGAGUCUUAUAUGACCCUCGUGAAUGAAACAGUCGCAUCCGAUGACCAGAAAUGUGACUGGCGGCCUCUUCUCCUGCUUGUGCCACUGAGACUAGGAUUAACUAGUAUUAAUCGAUGUUAUCUCCCUGCUAUAGAGAAUUUCUUCAAACUUGAUUCUUGUGUUGGUAUUAUUGGCGGACGUCCUAAUCAUGCGCUAUAUUUUAUUGGGAUUGCUGGUGAAAAACUUGUAUAUCUUGAUCCGCACUACUGUCGUCCUUCAAUAAUUGAGAAAUAUGGAAAUACUAGGUGUCUUGAGGACGGAUUCGUGAGCCUAGAGGUUAUUCUACUUUUCAACGUUAAACUAUGGGUUCAAAUUAGCGAAGACAUCCCGCCUUCUGUUCCUGUUAAGGAUGAAGGUUUGGAUGACACAACUUUCCACUGCAAAAUGCUUUUACAUAUGGAUUAUGAUCAGGUUGACCCCUCGCUGGCAUUAGCGUUCUUUUGUGAAUCAGCGGAUGCUUUUGAGAAGCUUAGUCGAGAUCUGCGGCAGGUAGUGAUUGUCGAGGGUGACCUCAAAAGUACUACAUUAGAUGUUUUCCCGUCAUCAGAACCACCAUUAUUUGAGCAGCUGGAAACUCGCCCGAAAUAUUUGCCACCAUUCGAACCAUAUACGGGUGUGAAGGCCAAAAUAGAGAUGAAAGAGUUUGACGACAUGUGCGCUCCGAAUUAUGUCAUUGAUGAUGGGUUUGAAGUUCUUGAAGAGACAGAAGAUCCGCUCACUGAUUUGACGGAGGAAGCUUUGCAGAGUUGAUA